CAUACAUUUUCUUACACCAAAAACAAUCCAACAACACCCUAAUUAAUCUUCUACAAUUCUAAAACAAUGGCAGGAAUGAUGAUGAAGGUUUUCUUUGUUAUGGUUGCAUGCAUGGUGGUCUCAGCGCCUCAUGCUGAGGCUGCUAUAACUUGCGGUCAGGUGGUAAGCAAGUUGGUCUCAUGCUUAGGCUACCUGCAGACUGGUGGCACUCCAACCCCUGCUUGUUGUAGUGGUGUUACGAGUCUCAACGCCGCAGCGCAAAGCACCCCGGACCGUCAAGCUGCCUGCAACUGCCUCAAAAGUUCUUAUUCAUCCUACCCCGGUAUCAGUCCUGCCAACGCCGCUAGCCUUCCCGGCAAGUGUGGUGUUAACAUUCCCUACAAGAUCAGCCCUAGCACCGACUGCUCCUCGGUUCACUGAGGUUCAUCAUGGAAAGACUCUAGGGAUAUGGGAGGCUUGAAGAAAAUAAUAAAGUUGUUAUUCCAAUAAUAAACAUGGAAUACCUAGUAGUAUUGGUUGUCUAGAAACAUAUCUAUGCAUCUCUUUUCUUUGUCUUUGGUUUUAUGUAGUGUUGUGGUGAGUUUUGGAAUGCCUCUCUUUGUCUCUAAUUAAUAUGUAUUUUUGUGAAAUGAGUGCUUCUUUCUGUGUC